AUGGCAAUAGAACUUGCUGGUGCAGGUGCAGCAUCACAAACUGCACUCCAGUUAGCAGCUCGACGUGGAAACCAUGACGAAGCAAAACUACUCUUGCGGACUGGAAUUGAUGCAAACUUCUCCCCUAAGGGGACAGAAUAUCCGCUGGCCUACGCAAUCGAGUCUGGUGAUGCAGAAACAGUGAAGGUUUUACUGGAAUACGGGGCGAAUAUCCACCAAGCUUCCAAACGGCAUGGGAAUGCAUUGAUAGCAUCCAUUAAAAAAGGAGAAGAGGAAAUAUUCGACAUAUUUCUUGACAAAUUCGAUCCCAACUCGACUGACAGAGUGGGGGCUCCAGCUCUUUACGUUGCAGCCGUUGGUGGGCAUGAAGCCAUGGUGAAUAAAUUGAUACGCCGUGGAGCUGAUGUUCAAGCUUGCCAUGACACGAUAUUCUCCCCUAUCAUGGGUGCCGGGCUAGGUGGCAGUAGCAGGAUUGUGGAAUCGAUGUUGCAGAAUGGAGCCAACAGCGACCAUGCAGCCUUAUUCGCGGCCUCGUCUGUUGGAGAAAAUGAGCUGGUCACUCAAUUGCUCCUUCGUGGCGCGGAUGUUGGUCGACGCACAUUACCAUAUGACCGCGAUUUACCCAUUCAUGCGGCUAUGCUUCAAGGCCAUGAAACAACAGUUAGGAUAUUGCUAGCAGCCGGAGCAACACUUACCAGUCGAUAUUUCCCUUAUGUUUUUCUUGAAACGGCAUCUCGGAGGCACUUCGGGAUUUCUAGGCUGAUUCUAAACGAACACCUCAGUGGAAAUAUUCGGUUAUGCUUAGGGACGAGCCCUUUUCCCAGUAGAAGCAGUCAUAUACCGAUUGCUUUGCUACUUUCAACUCUCAAGGUGGGAGCGAGAACUGGCAACACCUCUUUAGCCUGGGAAUUUGUUGAGCCAUAUGGUCAAACUACUAUGGACUUCAUGGACUAUUUACUCACUCAGGACUCCAUACGCCUUCCAGUUGAUUCUCCCAAAUCGGUCCUUAAAGCCGCUAUCAAAUAUUGCAAUGAUACCCUGCUAUCUUUCCUACUGGACAGUUUCGAAGUCAAUAUAUCUAGAGAUUUUCCCAACUUGAUAGAGUUAGCCGUCAUCAAUGGCAGUGUCCCCACAUUGGAGGUGUUGUUGAAGAGAACUACAGAGCAGGCCGGAUUAAAAACACCUCAGUGGAAACUGUGCCUCAGUCGGGCCCUUAACACAGCUGUUGAGAGAAAUAACUUCCAUAUGGUAGAACUCCUGGACCGUUACGGUACUUUCACUAAAUGA